GAGUGCAGCACAACGAGAUCUCGACACGCCAUGGAGGAAUGACAUCUUGUCAACAGUCUACAUAGAAGUAGCAUUACAGGUAACUGGACACGAGUUAAUAUCCGAGGAAAAGCAGGCAUGCCACUGUGUGACACUGAGUAGCCACCUGCCCCAGUGCCUCUCCCUCAUCUGACCUCAUGACAACCCCACCACUUGGCCAGUUUCCUGCGCAGCAGGCGCAAGCAGCACGGGAUGUAAACACCGCCUCGCUAUGUCGCAUCGGGCAGGAAACUGUACAAGACAUAGUUUUAAGAACCAUGGAAAUCUUUCAGCUGCUUAGAAAUAUGCAGCUACCGAACGGGGUCACGUACCAUCCUAACACACAUCAGGACCGGCUUGGGAAGCUGCAGGAGCACCUUCGCAUGCUGUCUGUCCUCUUCCGCAAACUGCGUCUGGUCUAUGACAAAUGCAACGAGAACUGUGCUGGUCUGGAGCCCAUUCCUCCUGAGCAACUCAUCCCCUAUGUGGAGGACGACAGCUCCAAACUGGAUGAGCGUGUAGCCAGUCAGAUGCGUUCAGCCAGCGAAGAGAGAAGAGAAGUGCUCGAGGUGAACAAGAAACUCAAACAGAAGAACCAACAACUGAAGCAGAUAAUGGACCAGCUCAGAAACCUUAUCUGGGAGAUUAACUCCAUGCUAGCUGAGAAAGGAGGAUGGACAGGAGGGUGCAAAGUCAUAAUGUUGGAAAAAAAAAAAGCACAAAUAAAAAAGAAGCAGUUCUCAGAUGCGUUUGAGUAAGUAGUCUAAAGUGGUCAUGCAAGUUUGCAGAUGUUCGAGAGCUCGCUGAGAGACUCCAAGUGAAUGUGAAGCUGCUUAUGUAGCAGGUUACAUCUUAACAUAAUUUUUCUUUCUUCAUUAAUGUAAAUAAAUUCAGAGCCCGAAUCUAAUCAAAAGGCACAAUCGGGCACAGAUCAGUGCUCAUGCCCUGCCAUGACUCUAAGUGCUGUAACGCCAGUUUCCUUAUUGCUAGUCAAAGUUAUGCAGGAGAUAAAGGAAAAAAAUAUAAAUGUCCUGUUCAUGUGAUGCUAGUUACAGCUUUAUAAAGGAAGAACAGCAGAAUUCUCUAAACCAAGCCUAAUGACAAAAAAAAAAUUAAGUAUGAAAUGUUAAAAGAACACACAUUAGCUGGAGAACAUCUUUACCCUUAUGGCUGCUGCCUACCACAAGUCUUUGGAAAGGGUUUAUGCAGCAGCGGCAGCAGCCUGAGCCUUAAAAAAAUAAAUAAAAAAAAUAAUAAAAAUAAAAAAGGGCCAGUGAACGACGAAAGUGUCCGAACAAAUGGUUACCACUGUGUGAAAUCACAUAAUCAUCGUCUGAUUGCGCAUUUAUACUCCACAUUAAAGUUAGAGGCCAACGGCACAUUACAACAAGCUGCAUAUACUUUUGUCAGUUUGGGUUAUAAGGAGAAGGGGAGGAAAAAUAAAAGAGAACGUCUUGCACAAAA